CUUCCCUUCCGGUCUUGGCCCCGCCCCCUUGCCGGUAGCGCACUGCCUGCCGCCGGGAGGGCCCCGCAUCCCGAAGCAGUUCCGGUUCGGCCGGCAGCAGCUGGCGGCGCGGACGGGGCCGGAGGGAUGCCCGCGCGUCUCCGAACCGGCUCCCGCCGGCGCUCCGACUCCCCGCUCCGGGCUCCGCCUCCGCCGCUCCAGGCGCUGCGCUCGGCCGAGGCGCCCAGGGCCCGGGACUCUGACGGCGCCUCGGACGCCGACGCGGAGCUGGGUCCCGGGACCUCGGGUCCCACCGCGGAGGAAGUGGAAGAAGAAAUGGCAGGCCCCAAUCAACUCUGCAUUCGAAGAUGGACUACCAAGCAUGUAGCUGUGUGGCUGAAGGAUGAAGGAUUUUUUGAAUACGUGGACAUUUUAUGCAACAAGCACCGACUUGAUGGAAUCACAUUGCUUACGCUGACUGAGUAUGAUCUCCGAUCUCCUCCUCUGGAAAUCAAAGUCCUAGGAGACAUUAAAAGGUUAAUGCUCUCAGUCCGAAAACUGCAGAAAAUACACAUUGACGUUUUAGAAGAGAUGGGCUACAACAGUGACAGUCCUAUGAGUUCCAUGACUCCCCUCAUUAGUGCUCUUCAGAAUGCAGACUGGCUCUGUAAUGGGGAGCCUACACAUGACUGUGAUGGACCCAUCACUGAUUUGAGUUCUGAUCAGUACCAGUACAUGAAUGGCAAAAACAAACAUUCUGUUCGAAGAUUGGACCCAGAGUACUGGAAGACCAUACUGAGUUGUAUAUAUGUUUUUAUAGUAUUUGGGUUUACAUCUUUCAUUAUGGUUAUCGUUCAUGAGCGAGUGCCUGACAUGCAGACCUAUCCACCACUCCCAGAUAUAUUCUUAGACAGUGUUCCUAGAAUCCCAUGGGCUUUUUCCAUGACUGAGGUGUGUGGUGUGAUUCUGUGCUAUAUCUGGAUCCUGGUCCUCCUCCUUCAUAAGCACAGGUCAAUCCUUCUGCGAAGGCUCUGUAGUCUGAUGGGCACUGUAUUCUUGCUUCGCUGCUUUACCAUGUUUGUGACCUCCCUCUCCGUGCCAGGACAGCACCUGCAGUGUACUGGAAAGAUAUAUGGAAGUGUUUGGGAGAAGCUACGCCGGGCUUUUGCCAUUUGGAGCGGCUUUGGUAUGACUCUGACUGGCGUCCACACUUGUGGAGAUUACAUGUUCAGUGGCCACACAGUUGUCCUAACCAUGCUGAAUUUCUUUGUCACAGAAUAUACACCAAGAAGCUGGAAUUUCUUGCACACUUUAUCCUGGGUUCUCAACCUCUUUGGAAUCUUCUUCAUCUUGGCUGCCCAUGAGCAUUACUCCAUCGAUGUGUUUAUUGCUUUUUAUAUCACAACCAGACUCUUUCUGUACUACCAUACUCUGGCCAACACCAGAGCUUAUCAUCAGAGUAGGAGAGCGAGAAUUUGGUUUCCCAUGUUCUCUUUCUUUGAAUGCAAUGUUAAUGGCACAGUGCCUAAUGAAUAUUGUUGGCCAUUUUCUAAACCAGCAAUAAUGAAAAGACUCAUUGGAUGAAGACUAUAUGUUUGUAAUGAGUUUGUGGUUAAAUAACAGUAGUUAUGGAGUGAAAAUGAGUAACUUUGCUUUGUCUCCCAGGUUGUUCCUGGAUGUGUUGUGUUUUGGUUUAUAUGUUGGCAGAUUUCCCAAUUCUGAGUAAGGCUGUGAUUAUAAAAAGCAAGAAAGGGCAAUCAGGAGUCCUUACCUAGCCGUUUGGUCAGAAGCUCAAGUAGAGGUUUUCUGCCCCUUCACUUGAGGAAGACUGUGGUCAAUGUCAGGCUGUUACCCUUACAUACUGAGUGUUUGGUUAUUGAACUUAAGCAAAUCAGCUUAAGCUGGUUGAAGAAUUUUUAUUGAUUUUCCCCAUAGGACUCUAGUCAAGAAAUACUUUUUGAAGCUGUAUAUCAUCUUCAAAAGAAAAAAGCCCAACCAAGUGAGCCAUUCUUGUUCCUUGGACGAAUCUCUGUCCAGAAAGUGAAUGUUUUACUAACAAAUACUUUUUGCCUUCUGAACCAUCUUAAGCAAAGCAUUUUGGGUGUGCUAGCAUGCCCGAAACAAGCAGAGAAUGCGGGUGCCGCACACGAAGUAACAAGGUGUGAUGCGGGUGCCUGGCCCACACACAGAUAUGCACAGAGUGCUAGCAUUUUUCACAAAAGAUGCAGUUUCUGUUUUGUGAAGGUUUAGUAUGAAUAGCAGUCAGUAUUCAUGAGGAGAAAAUGGCUGUAUUCAUGAAAAUAAAUUGUGAUUUUAGUGAUAUCUGCAUCUGGAAUAAUUGUUAGUUAGGUGACAACCCAAUUGAAUCCUUUUUAAUGAUGUGACUUGAUGAGCCAAAUACGAAUAUUUUACCAGAUGUUAAAGUUGUCCUGUCAAUAAGUAAGGAAGUGUGCAUGCAAAGAUUUUUUUUCUUCUGAAAUGAAAUUUAUAGCAGGUUGUAGGCAUAGUGUUAACUCUGGGGUUUUUUCAUUUUGUUUUGUUUUGUUUGAAAGUUCUCAUUCUUGACUGUUGGAAGUAAACAGUUUACUCAGAUACAAAAAAGCUUGUUGCUUUUUUAUCUUAAAUAAUUGUGUACAUACAUUCUUUCUGUGAUUUUAGUUUGGCAGUCAAGAAAUACUAGAACUUAGCUGCUGUUUAUAACACUAGAAAUGUAGUGUCUUCAGUAAUUUCUCUUGUAACAUUUGUCACUUUACUUUUUAAAUGAUUUUACAUAUACUUUUGACUGUAGCAUGGUUGUAGAAUUGGAAAUGACCUUCAACUUAAACAAUUGGAAUAUUAAUGGUGUAGUUUUUACAUUCCAUUUUAAAACAAGGAGUUAUAAAAGGUGCUGACAUACUGAGGUCUAAACCUAGACCACAGCAGACACUUGCUCCUUCCUUCUCGGGUGAAGUGUUUUAUUUUUGCACUUUGAGUUGUAGACCCACUGUUGUAUAAGCUACGAAGGAACCUGGUGAAUGAGUUAGGAAGGCGACAUUAGGCAAGGGCCAGCCAGUGCCGAAUGACCUAUUUGAGUCUGUUCUAAAUAUUGCUCAUUUCUCACUUGAGAAAUGAUGAAAGGCAACUCAAGUUUGAUUGUUUUGAAAUCUUACACUUCAGUCUUAUCUUUAUUGAUUCUGUUACGUGUCAGGAUCAAAAAUGCCAAUAUCACAUCUAAAGAAAUGGCAUAAUCAUGAAGUCAGGGAUGUUUCCUAGGCUUGAUUGAGUAGUUUGAUUGUUGAGAUCAAAAGAUAUGUUAUUACCAUAUUCUCCCCCCAUCCAAAUGACAGAAUAGGACCUAAUUUAGCUAGCGGGAGACUGUUGUUGGCUUUUGGGAAAACGUUCCAAAAACAUCUGUGUCAACAUUAGUUUUAAAAUGUUUAGUAGCUAUUAAUGGUAAAUGUCCUAACAUCAGUCUUCUUUCCUUCACAUGGAUUCUGUUGUAGACAAAAUAGGAAAGUAAAUGCAACUAAUUUUGCAGAGCUGUUGACUAGAGCCUAGCAGCAGACUGCAGUGUGGAUUAGAGAGUAACUUUUCAGCCUCGCAUUUACUCCUGUCUAUUUUGAGGGAAAGGUAAGCUAGACUUACAACUUAUUAACUAUCAUAAGAUGGUGUUUACAUAAAUUAAUCAUCUUCAGGUCUGAAAACUUUGAGACAAAAUUAUUUUCAGUUUUAAAAGCAUGAAACCUGCAUUGUUCUUGAUUUUUUUUUUAUUUGUCCAGAAAUUUUCAGGUUUUUGUCUUUGUAUCUUUUUCUUACUAAAAUCCUAGUUAUUGGGGCUAGAGAGAUGGUUCAGUGGUUAAGAGUGAGUGUUGCUACGACAGAGGAACCAAGUUCAUUUCUCAGCACCCACAUCAGGCAGUUCACAGCUCCAGGGGAUCCAUCACCUCUUCUGGACUCCUUGGGCACCUACACUCACUGUGCACAUACCCACACACAGACACACAUAUAUACCGAUAAUAUAAAAACAAAGUAAACCUUAAAGAAAAGAAAAAAAAACCCUGUGUAGUGAAGGUAGGAUGUUUUUACAUUUUGGGCGUGUUGCGGCUGUGUGGAGAAUCUACAUGCCUUAGAGCUAUACAUUUUUAACCUUACGUUUGACUUUUCAGUUGUAGACUUGUAAGAGGCUUACAUCUUUGAGAGCUUAGUACAGAGGGAAGUGAAAAGUUUUUGGGGGUGCAAAGUGGUGUUAAAUGGGAAGGAAGUCCUUCAUGUAUUCUCCAUGUUCCUGGGAAGUGUUGCCCCUCCCACUCCUUUUCCUCCCCCCUUCUCUCUUGGCUGUGGUGCUACAGAUCAAACCCAGGGCUCUGUGCAUGCUAGAAAAGUGCUCGAUCUCUGAGCUACAUCCCCAGCUCUAUGCCUUCUUGUUGCUUUUUUUUCUUUAAAGCAAGUCAGAGUAGUCUUAUUGAAAGGUAAUUAAAGUUGGUAGGGAAGGUAAGAGGUUUUAAAGAUAUAGUGGGGAACUUGCUUGGCUGUGUUGCGGUUCUCAGCCUGGCUGUCCUCUCCAGUUCUUUCUGACCAGCAUUGCUAUGGCAAAAAUACAACUUCUGUGUGCUGGCAUUGUACAUUCAUAUUCUUUCAAAGCAGAAAGCAAUGAGCUUAGCCUUAGAACCAUUUGGUUUAAUAAAUGUGGGCCAUUCUCAAGAAAAACCUGCUGUUGAGACCAUCACCCCAACAUGGUGAGGGUGAUCAACCCUGCUCUGCACCUGCUGCCUGUGUAUUAUAACUGAGAAUUCCCAAACCCUGUAAUUUAUAAAUGGAGAACAGAGAAGCCAAAUCCUUUUAAGCAAUAGUCUGUUUUAGAUAUAUUUGUUUGAAAAGUUUAAUACAUACAAAGUCAAGUUCACACAUAGACUUGUUUUGACUAUACUCAGCUAAAAAAGAAAAAGGCAGCUUUAUCGUUGAAGGAUACUAGAUCUAAAAUGCUUAUGAAUGUUCUUGAUUUCAACUCUCUGACUUAGUACACUUAAUUAUUUGGUAGUCUUUUGUAGACUGGCAUUGUCCUGUACUGGAAGUAACGAUAGUGUUGGCAUUUGUCAGUUCUUCAAGGUAUUCAGGCUUUUGAGACAAGAAAGCUCCUUUCAAAUUCAUUUUCUUUCUUAAACAGUAUUGGUUUUGUUUAGACAGCUUCAAAGCCACCAAAGCAUGUCAGUUUUGAUGCCAACUUUGACAGUUUAGACAUUUUUUUUUUUUAAGCUAAGGCUAAAUUAACCCUCUACCUCUGUAGUUAGAGCUUGUUAACACCAUCAAAGGUCAGAAUGCUUCAGGUGACUGAUGAGACGAGAAAGAGGUGGAGUUAGUUUUGUUUUUUCUCUCUGUUGAAUAGCUUUGAAUGACUAAAAUUAAUGUAGAAGUAGGUCACAUCGCCCCAAUUCAGUGCCCCUGAUUUCUAAUAACUGAUGUGAUGAAUUAUUUUGUAUGAAGUUCAGUACAAACAUCUAUGAAAUCUUUAAGUGAUUUCUUCAGUUGCCACUGUUUGUUUUUAGGACACCUUCUACUACAUAGUAACGAAAGGACUUCAUUCUGUAUUUUCCAUGUCUGGGCAUAGGAGUGCUGACAGGAGAAAGAAAGCUGUGUCCUUUCAGUGUUAUUUCAAAUCUGUUUGCGUCUGGGCUACUGAAUUGUCUGAAGAACUACACAGAAUUAAUUGAUACUAAUGUCCAGUAAAAUCUUACCUUAAAAUGUUUAAGUUUAAUAAUUUUUUAUUUGAAGAAUUCAUGAACUGUUAGGACAAUAAAAUAUUUACGAUGUGGAACAAAGGAAGUAAAAACUGAUAAUGGGGGAAGCAGUUUGAGAAUUCUACCUAAAAGUCUCCGUGUCCACAGAGAAACUAGUAUUACUUGAAGAUAUGAAAGUUCCUGUGGUAGCCUUGAAGCACAGUGUUAUAUAUAAGUAAAUACCUGAUUCUAAGUUAAAUCCAGAUUUAACUAAUAUAUUAUUUUAUAUCUUUGUUGUAUUAAAAUGUUUUAAAACACUAAAAAUAAAACUUUUGAAAGUUGA